GAAGCAGCAGAGAAUUAGGAGCAACAAUUGAGAGCUCUCUGCCUAUAAAUACCCACCUCCUGUUCUUCCCACACCAGCAUCCACAGCAUCAUAAAUCUCCUCUCUUCUUUUGUUCCCUUCUCCUCUCUUUCCCUCUCUCUCUCUUCCUCAUCUGCUACAGAAUCCCACAGUAGUCUAAUCCCCCUGUUUCAUCACCAUUCCAACUCCACAAGUCCACAGUGCUCCAAUUCCCCUGUUUCUUCCGUAUUGCAACUCCACUUGCAUUCUCUUAGGUCUAAUUUCAUAUCAUUUCCCACAAUUCUUGGAAGAAGAAGAAGAAAAGCCACUUACUUGGAGACUGGGGAGACGAAGAAACCCUGGAAUCAUGGACGGAACGCUGGAAAACAUACAGCUGACGUCAUUUCCCGGCGAGAUCAGCGCCGCCUUAUCGGAGAUCCUCCUCUCUGGCACGAACGCGCUCGACUCCAUCUUCUCCCACCUCCCGCCGCCGCUCCCUGCUGCCCGGUACCCGGUCGCCGCGCCCCUUGGCUCCGCCGUCUACCUCCGCCAGACGGAGCUGCUGCGGCGGCUCAGCACCCGGCGUUACGGCAGGGCUGCCUCGUCGCCGUACCACAACUCGGCCGCGGCGGAGAACGGGAAGAAGAAGCUCUACCGGGGGGUGCGGCAGCGGCAGUGGGGGAAGUGGGUGGCGGAGAUCCGGCUGCCCCAGAACCGGAUGCGGAUCUGGCUCGGCACCUACGCCUCCCCGGAGUCGGCGGCGUACGCGUACGACCGGGCGGCGUACAAGCUCCGCGGCGAGUACGCGCGCCUCAACUUCCCGGCCCUGCGGGACGCCGGGGACUGCCCCGAGCGGCUCAGGUCACUGCGGUCCGCCGUCGACUCCAAAAUCCAGGCCAUCUGCCAGCGCCUCGGGCGGCGCCGGGCGGCGAAGCGAUCGGCGAAGGCGGCCGGCGAUAAGGCGAGGUCAGCCAAGGCGGCUGCGAAGGCCGUGAAGGACGCCGAGGCGGGCGCGUCGCAAACGUCAUCGUUAACGUCGUCGUCGGCUUUCGAAAUGGACGGUGUGUGUUCGCUGGCUCGGAUGCCAUCCUACGAUCCAGAAUUAAUUUGGGAAGUGCUCACUACUUAAUACGUAAAAGAAUUAUUAUUAUUAUUAUUAUUAACUUAAUAAUUAAUGAGAUCAUCAUAAAAGAUUUGGAUCGAA